AUGUCGCCUAACGAGAAUGAUGGAGACCUAGUGAAUGAAGCGACUCCAGCUAGAACCGAAGCCCUCUCUGAAGACCUCUAUAGAAGGCUGAUUGAAGUUGAUUUCCAAGGAAAGAUCGAGAGAUUCUCGUUUAAAAGCACUAAGGGACUUCUCACUCAGCUGAAGUACUCAUUUGGUUUAGAGAAAGUGCGAUCGAUCGAGCUGAGAGAUGCCACUACCGGUGCUGUGGUUCCUCUGUGCGACCUCGAGGAGCAGGGAAGAUACCACCUCAAGGUUCUUGGACAUACUCUGGCGUUCCAUGAGGGGUUCUCAACCCAGUGUCCGGUGCAUAGGCUCAUUACUCUACCAGAGAUCUGUCGGCGUAUAAUAGACACGCCUUACUUUCAGCGCUUGAGGAAUGAAUCACAGCUGGGUUCCGCUGGAUAUGUCUUCAUGGGGGCUACUCACACUAGGUUCGAGCAUUCCAUUGGAGCUGCCUAUUUAGCGAAGAAGCUGGUCGAUCAGCUGAGCUGUAACCAACCUGAAUACGGCAUCGAUGAGGAGGAUAAGCUCUGCGUGAUCAUCGCAGGGCUUUGUCACGACCUCGGCCAUGGCCCCUACUCUCACGUUUGGGAUUCUCACGUAGACCUCUUACGCCGGUCGCCAUCUCUCCGUUGUAUAUCGCAUGUUAACCCGGCCUUGGGCAUACAUAAAGGCCACGAGGCUAUGAGUGUGAGAAUGAUGUAA